AUGGAGGGUAAAAAAACAAAAGGAAAACAGAAGCGAGAAAUUAAGAAAAUUGAGAGUGAAAAAGAUCUUUUGGUCACUUUCACCAAACGAAAAACUGGCAUUCACAAAAAGGCCACAGAAUUGAAAACACUCUCUGGAGCAAACAUUGAUAUACUCAUGUUUUCGCCGACAGGAAAAUCGUUUAGUUAUGGGGAUCCUUCUUUUGAGUCCAUGACAAGGUCUAGUUCAGAUGAAGAACACUCUUCAGAAGGUGGCACUUAUCAGAAACUUGAGGAGGAUCACAAUAAUUUGGAUAUAGAUGAACUGAAUCUUAAAAAUGAUUCACUUCAAGAUCAAACUUAUGUUGCAAAAGCACGGGAGAAAGAACUAAAGGGUCUUUUGAAGAAAAAGAAUAUGCGAGACCUUAGUAUCGAACAAAACAAUGAAAUGGUGCCAUAUUUCGAGGAACUGGAAAAUAAAUUAAAAAAUGGACUUUCAAUCAUGCAUGCAGAGGUUGCUUCUCAUGACCAAAUGAUCAGUGGAGGCAAUUCAUAUCCUACUAAUGCAAGUGGGAGUAACAUAUCUGAAGUUCCCUUCGGUGCCAACGACGAAGCCUAUGGAACCAACCCUUUUCUUGAUGAUCCAAAUGGUAUUAUUGGUCGAAGUAACAGUCAUGCUCUUUCAUUUGGUGGAAGUGGUUAUGAGAAUGUUGGUGGAAGUGAUCCAUAUCUAUACAAUCCAAGUGAUGAGAAUGGUGGUUUUCCUUUUCCUCCGUUCAAUGGUUCAGGCCACGGUCACUUCUAA